GGGGCUCGUGUGGAUGCUCGGGGGAGGGAGGAGCGGCUGUGCGGCUCCUGGAUGGGACUUGCUGCUUGUGAUCCCGAGCUGCCGUUGCUCCCCCGCAGGGUCUGUGCGGGGAGAGACCUGCACUGACCCCGCUCUGUGCCCAGACGGGGGGACUUUCUCCAGGGGCUGGAAGCAGCCCCUGGGGCAGCCCCGGGCUCUGCCGACACCAGCCCCUGAGCCGGAGCCUGCAGGCUGCAGAACAAGGUCCAUGGUUCACUCCUGAUCAUCCCCUUCUCCUGCGGGCCAGGGCAGGGAAAUGGCUGGAGCAGAGCCUGCUCAGGGACCGGUGACCUUCAAGGAAGUGGCUUUGUAUUUCACUGACCCCAGUCAGAGGGCCCUCUACAGGGAUGCCAUGCAGGAGAACUAUGUGAACAGGACCUCACAGGGAUCUCCGAUUCCCAAACCCAAUGCUGUCUCCUGGCGGCAACAAGAGGAAGAGCCAUGGGUCUCGGAUCACCAAGGCUCUGGGGAAAGGGAGAACCCGAGAGGAGACUGCCCAGUGCAGGGAAUUGACUCCUGUCCAGAUCAUCCCACUCGCCUUGGGGAAAUAUUCAGGACCCGGAAAGACUCCCUGUUGUGCAAGGGCCCACGCCCCAGGGAGAGACUGAACAUGUGCAAAGACUGCGGGAAGAGCUUCCGUCAGCGGUCCAACCUCCUGGCACAUCAGAGGACCCACGGGGGAAAGAGACCCCACCCAUGCGCUGACUGUGGCAAAACCUUCGGUGCCUUCUCCAACCUCCUGCGACACCAGCGUGGGCACGCCGGUGAGAAGCCCUACAAAUGCCCCGACUGCGGGAAAGGCUUCGGGCACAGCUCAGCCUUGGUCACCCACCGGCGGAUCCAUACCGGAGAGAAACCCUACGCCUGCGGGGACUGCGGGAAGCGCUUCAACGUGGUCUCCAACCUGGUGCGUCACCAGCGGAGCCACACGGGCGAAAAGCCCUACAAGUGCCCCGACUGCGGGCGGCGCUGCAGUCAGCGCUCCCACCUGGUCACCCACCGGCGGCUGCACACCGGCGAACGUCCCUAUGUCUGCCUGGAGUGCGGGAAGUGCUUCAACGUCAGCUCGGACCUCAUCAAGCACCGGCGCAUCCACACCGGGGAGCGGCCCUACGCCUGCAGCGACUGCGGGAAAUGCUUCAGCGGCAGCUCCAACCUGCUGACCCACCAGCGGCUGCACACGGGCGAGCGGCCCUACAAGUGCCCUGACUGUGGGAAAGGCUUCACCAUCAGCUCCAAGCUGAUCGCCCACCAGCGCACCCACACCGGCGAGCGGCCCUACAGCUGCGCCGACUGCGGGAAGGGCUUCAGCGACCGGCCCCACCUGGCCCGGCACCAGAGCGCCUCCCGGCGCGAAAAGCGCUACAAGUGCUCCGACUGUGGGAAGGGCUUCACCACCAGCUCCUACCUCCUCACCCACCAGCGCAGCCACACCGGGGAGACCCCCUUCAUCUGCGGCGACUGCGGGAAGAGCUUCGCCGUGGUCUCCAACUUGGUGCGGCACCGGCGCAUCCACACGGGAGAGAAGCCCUUCCGGUGUGGUGAGUGCGGGCGGCAGUACAGCCAGCGAGCCCACCUCACCACUCACCAGAGGGUGCACACUGGGGAGCGGCCCUACGUCUGCCUGGACUGCGGGAAAGGCUUCAAUGUCAACUCCUCCCUCACCAAGCACCGCAGGACCCACACCGGAGAGAAACCCUACGUCUGCCCCGACUGCGGGAAACGCUUCAGCCAGAGCUCCAAUGUCAUCACCCACCGCAGGCUGCAUCACGGGGGCCACGGUGCCCUUGGUCCCGCGGCUAGGGCCAGCCAGCGGGAGUGAUCCUCCGCCAGCCUGUCUGGGGCCAGGACAUGGCAGCAGCUGACCCAUGGGCUUUGUGAGACAGAGCCUUUUGCUGCCGCUGCUGCAGAUCCAGCUGUCUGGAGACCCCGCGCCUCCUGCUGAUCUGAUGGGGAGUCUGGAGACACACACACACACACACACCCUUCUCCAGGGAAGGAUGGGUAAGAACCCCCUCCCCCACUUCCACCAGUGCUUCCAUCACCUUGGAGUGGAUGACGACUCUGUUCCCCACGGCACCUGCCCGUUCCGCGCCCUGAGGUUGGGGGAGCAGAGACCUCCCUUCUCUCCAGACACCUUUGUUUAGUUUCCCGGUUCCGUGCCGUGUCCGGGUCACUUCCUGUCCGAUGUGAAUAAAAAAGUUCCCU